AACUGAUCAAACUCGGAAAGAGGAUGUCGACUCGACAGCAGGCCCUUGCAACGGCUCAAGUAUACAUCAAGAGGUUCUACACCAAAAAUGAGAUCCGGCACACCAACCCGUAUUUAGUCGUGACGACCGCGUUCUAUCUCGCCUGCAAGAUGGAGGAAUGCCCGCAACACAUCCGCUUUGUCGUUGCGGAGGCACGAAACUUCUGGCCGGAGUUCAUUGCCCCCGAUGUGUCGAAACUGGGCGAGUGCGAAUUUGCCCUGAUCUCCGAGAUGAAUUCUCAGCUCAUUGUUCAUCACCCGUAUCGAACAUUAUCGGAGCUACAGCCCGAACUAUCUCUUACGUCCGACGAGGUUGCUCUUGCAUGGUCAGUGAUCAACGACCAUUACCUGACGGACUUGCCACUGCUUUACCCGCCUCAUGUCAUUGCCGUCAUGGCUAUUAUUGUGGCCGUCGUUUUCAAGCCAAGUCAAACCAGCUUCCAUGGAUCUGCGGCUCCAAUAGCCUCGGCCAUGCGGGACGGCGGCAUGAAUAUUCUUGCGGCCUUGGGGGAUAAGAACGGCAACGGUCCACCCCCUCGGAUUCAGAAACUUAUUGCCUGGCUGGCCGAGAGCGAAGUGGACAUCCGAGCAGUCAUCGAAUGUACCCAGGAGCUAGUUUCGCUGUACGAGGUUUGGGAGCAAUACAGUGAAAAGCACUGCAAGGAACUCUUGGGCCGGAUGAUCAAGAGCAGGAAUCUUGACAAAUAACUUCUUAGCACAGGUUUUGGAUGCAUUUUCUGCGGUGUUUUUGGCUUUUUUCUUUUUCUUUUUCUUUUUCUUUUUUUAGUCUUUUUCCCAGGAAAAAGAAACCUUGGAAUUUUUACUAUUCAUUGUACAGCCAAGGGUUAAUUGGCCAUCGAGAGGUCGUCAUCAUUGCACAGACCCAUGCAUAUCUGUAUAUAGGCG